AUGGAGACACAGGCGGCGCCUCGCCGUGCCAAGAGAAGGAAGCCAGAGGCACCCGUGAGCCCGGAACAGGAGGGAGGAGACGAACCCUACAUCCAAGAUCCUCCGCCUAGAGUCGGCGGAGAGGAAGAAGAUGGGGUCGACCGAAUCAGCCGCCUCCCGGACGCCAUUAUGGGUGAGGUCAUAUCUCUCCUCCCCACCAAGGAUGCCGCCCGCACCCAAAUCCUCGCCACCCGGUGGUGCCAUCUCUGGCGCUCAGCCCCUCUCAACCUCGACCUCGACGGUGGUGACUUCCUCACCAUCAAUGUCGUCUCCCGUAUCCUCUCCGCCCACCGGGGCCCUGGUCGCCGCUUUCGCUUCCCCGCACAACACCUACAGUACCACCCUGCCAUCGUGGAUGCUUGGCUCCGAUCCCCCGCCCUCGACAACCUCUAG